AUGUCUCUCUUUGAGGGCCAUCGAUUCCUUAUAAUACAGUCCAGCGAGCUGUCUGCAACCAAGGCAGAGAAUUUGAAAAAACAGAUUAUUAGCACUGGGUACAAUGAGGAUGGUGGCAUCUUGAUUAAGCGGAAUUCUGACUUGAUUCCAAUAUCUAAUGAGAAACUGGUAAAAGUCACGCUGAUAGUAUCGAACACAAUAGAUUUUGUGGAAUACCAGCUCGCGGAAGAAUUGAUGAUCCCUGUUGUGCGAGAUGCGUGGGUGGUAGACUCAAUUGCUGCGAAUCUGAUAGAAACAUUGCGAUCGUAUUCACCUGAUCCCAAAUACUUCCUUAGCAGUGUAAGUAUAUGUUGCGCAGCCUCGAUUUGCAAAGGCGACAAGGAGGCCCUUUUCAGCGCCGUGCGCUCCUUUGGUGGAAUACACACAGACCACCUGUCCCGAAGAACAACCCAUCUGAUUGCCCUCGACACAGACGACGACAUAUGCCGUAUGGCUAUCGCGUUCAACCAGGCAUGUGAGCGGGACGUCAUUGCGAUCGUGAGACCGGAAUGGCUUCUGGACAGUAUAAUAUCCAAACGCAAACUCGAGGAAGACAAAUACCGCGUCGGCUCUAAGGAUCGAUCCCCAGAGCCGGCGACUUCUGUUUUGUUUAAAGGACGGACUUUUUUUCUGGAUGAUGAUUUUAAUAUCUCGAGCCGAGUGAGCUCUAGCCUGAAAACACUUAUAGAACAACACGGGGGCAAGGUAGAUUCUGAAGAUCGGGCAAACACUUACAUUGGGAAGUAUCGAGCUGGCGAUAUGUACCAGCUCGCCAUUGACGAGAAAUGGCCUAUUGGAAACCUGAAUUGGCUGUUUUGGAUGCUAUUACACGAGGAGUGGAUCACUCCAGGUAAAAUAAUGCUCCACUAUCCAUAUCCAAGAGAGGCGUUAGAAGGGAUGGAUAGGGUAGUGGUUUCGGUCACGCAUUAUAGCGGAGACUCACGCCUGUAUUUACAGCAGCUGGUGGAAAUCAUGGGCGGAACAUUUACAAAAAAUCUUCGACAAUUCACCACCACACAUCUGCUUGUCGCAAAACCAACGGGCGAAAAAUACAAAUACGCACAAGAAUGGAACAUCAAAUGCCUGAAUCAUUUGUGGCUCGAAGAAAGUUAUGCUAAAUGGGAGCUCCAAGACGAUUCUGACCCCCGGUACUUGAAGUUUGGGGACCAGGUGGACGUUGCACAUGCUGUUGGUCAUACAAGCUUGGAUGUUGGAUUGACUAGUAGCCAGAACACGCGGAUCGAUUCUCAAAAUGUGUCUAGCUCACUUGAAAUGCCACGCAAAAAGGCUAAGCCAAACAGCAAACCGUACAACAUCGUUGCAAUACUGACCGGUUGCGAUAAGGAGUUCAGUGCUUCCGAUCUCCGAAAUCUCAACAAAGUGGGUAUUAAAGUUGUUGAACAGCCAACAAACUCCCUCAAUUGCAUCAUUGCUCCUGGCAUUCUUCGAACGGAAAAGUUUCUCAAGUCGUUGAGCAAGAGCCCGAAAUAUUUACUUACGCCGAUGUUCCUCAUAGAUGUUCUCGCUACCGUACACUCGCAUAAAUUAGACGAUUUUGAGCACUUCAAACCACACAUUGACAAAUAUGAUUUGUCAAAACAUAUCAACUUCAAGAAAGACCCCAAGAUGAAGGAGAUAUUUCUGGAUCCCUCGCUAGGGGCCCAGAAUAUCGUCAAUCUAAUUGAAAAUUCCAACUCUAAAUUAUUCGAGUCGGGAGAUUUUUGCGUGUCAGCUACCAUUCCAGGCGGGCCAGAUCUAAUCAGUAGCAUUGUGAAGUCUUUUGGUUGCCGGGUAUGCCUGAUUAUCGACAAGAAAACUAAGAGACUGCCGAAAAGGGUAGCAGCUACAAGAUACUUACUCUGCGAGGCAAAAGAUCAACCCCUGCAGAACCAUUUUCGCAAACUGGCUGAGAAGGAGCAUUACCGUAUAGUGGAGUGGAACUGGGUCGUGAUGUCCAUAUUCAAUACCAAGCUAGUGGAUAGAUUUAUAAUCGAUGAGAACUAA